AUGAUCCAAGCCGUUGAGGUCUCUACGGUCCUCAUCUUCGCAACCUCAAUCAUGGGCGCUGCCGCCCAAUACGGCUACUCGGGCUCUGACCUGGAGCAGAGGGAUUUCGAGUUGGACCAGAGGGAGAUUGAUCUGGAACGCCGAGAGGCCAAAUUCAAACGCGCUGCCCGAGCCUGGCUUGCGGCUAGAGAUGCUCAAGAAGGUCUCAGUCCCCGGUCAAGCCCUUGCCCGCGCCCAUGCGCCGCUGGCGAGUACUGCGACGCCGUUCUCAAACAAUGUGUUCCUGUCGGGCAGCCACCUCACCCUGUCGGUCCCCCUCCACCACCCCCCCAACGUGGCAACCACGCCAAGCCCAAGCCCAAGGCAGUCAAGAAGAAGGCAGGAAAGCACUAA